AUGGGUGACUGGAACCUGCUGGGCAGCAUCCUAGAAGAAGUCCACAUUCACUCCACCAUUGUGGGCAAAAUCUGGCUUACCAUACUCUUCAUCUUUCGAAUGCUGAUUCUGGGAGCAGCUGCUGAGGAUGUAUGGGAUGAUGAGCAGUCUGAGUUUGUCUGCAACACUGACCAACCAGGCUGCAAAGCAGUCUGCUAUGACCGUGCAUUCCCUAUCUCCCUCAUUCGCUUCUGGGUCCUUCAGGUCAUCUUUGUGUCUGCACCCUCCUUGGUCUACAUGGGUCACGCUCUCUACUGCAUUCGUGCACUGGAGAAGGAACGGCACCGCCGACGGGCCCAGCUGAAGGAGGAUCUGGAUGAGGCAGAGUUGGCGAUGGAUGAACAUAAACGCAUGGAGAAGGAACUGAGGAGGCUGGACGAGCAGAGGAAGGUGAAGAAGGCUCCUCUCAGAGGUUCUCUAUUGAGAACUUAUAUCAUCCAUAUCCUUACACGCUCUGUGGUGGAGGUCUGCUUCAUCCUGGGCCAGUAUAUACUCUAUGGUGUCCAACUGGAGCCACUCUAUAAGUGUGAGAGACUGCCUUGCCCCAACAGCGUAGACUGUUACAUCUCCAGGCCCACAGAGAAGACCAUCUUCAUGGUCUUCAUGAUUGCCAUUGCUGGUGUGUCACUUUUCCUAAAUAUUCUGGAAAUAUCCCACUUAGGCAUCAGGAAAAUCAAGCAUGCACUGAGUGGAGAGAGGUACAUGGAAGAUGACAGUUUGAUUUACAAGUCCAAGAAGAAGGCAUCUUUACCACACCUCUGUGUAAUGAGCAAUAUAUCACCUCAAAAUGGGCCUUUGACUCAGACCUUCAAAGUGAUUCCAGAGGCUGACAUGAAGCCUCCUCAUUACAACAGUGGGCUCAAAGCCAGCCAGGAAGCACUAAGACACAACAGCCUGGCUCAUCUAGGACACAGUCAGACCAGCUAUAUUUGUCCCCAACCUAAGAUGCCACCCAGGUCUGGCCAGAACUGCACAAUCCAAAUCCCCCAAAGUAAUGACAGUUCAGAGGUACAUGCAACCAUGAUGGGCCACCAUCCAGCCUGGACUUCUGUCAUGCCCACUGUGGAAGGGAACACAACAAGCCAUGAGAACACCCAUGAGAUAGAACACCCGAGCCAUUUGGAAGUUCUGCUGUCCAGUAGCACCUUAAGACCCAGUGCUAUCAGACACCUCAAUGAAGAUGACAGAAGGGAGUCGAUGGGGAGCGAGCUCCUGAUACCCAACCCCAGGAAGACCAGCUUCAUGAUCAGGCCACCAUCUGAAAGCUUGUCCUCCAUGAGUGGCUCCACAAGUCCCUCCUUACAUACCUCAGAGGAGUCGGAUGAAUUGGGCUCCCUUCAGGGAGACAUGCCCAUGAUGCCGCCUGCCGGAGGGCGAAGAAUGUCUAUGAGUAUGUUUCUGGAUAUCUCCUCUAUCAUGAAGAAGUGA